AUGCCAACAGAACAAACUCAUAAUAUCGUUCAUGAAGCCAAUGGGGUUAAAUUAAGACAAACCCCUAAAGAAUUCUUUGAAAGACAACCAAACAAAGGUCAUAUCCAUGAUGUCAAUCAAUACAAACAAAUGUAUGAAGAAUCUAUUAAAGAUCCUCAAGGAUUUUUCGGUCCAUUGGCUAAAGAAUUAUUAUCUUGGGAUCAUGAUUUCCAUACUGUCAAAUCGGGUACUUUACAAAAUGGUGAUGCCGCUUGGUUUUUAGGUGGUGAAUUGAAUGCUUGUUAUAAUUGUGUUGAUAGACAUGCAUUUGCUAAUCCAAAUAAACCAGCUCUUAUUUGUGAAGCUGAUGAAGAUAAAGAUUCUUUUGUAUUGACUUACGGUGAUUUGUUAAGAGAAGUUUCAAAAGUGGCUGGAGUUUUACAAUCUUGGGGGGUCAAGAAAGGUGAUACGGUUGCAGUUUAUUUACCAAUGAAUGCUCAAGCCAUUAUUGCCAUGUUGGCUAUUGCUAGAUUAGGAGCUGCUCAUUCCGUCAUUUUUGCUGGAUUCUCUGCUGGUUCUAUUAAAGAUAGAGUCAAUGAUGCCAGUUGUAAAGCUCUUAUCACUUGUGAUGAAGGUAAAAGAGGUGGUAGAACCACUAACAUUAAGAAAUUAUGUGAUGAAGCUUUAAUUGAUUGUCCAACUGUUGAAAAAGUUUUGGUUUAUAAAAGAACUAAUAACCCUGAAAUUAAAUUAACUGAAGGUAGAGAUUAUUAUUGGGAUGUUGAAACUGCCAAAUUCCCAGGGUAUUUACCACCAGUUUCAGUCAAUUCUGAAGAUCCUUUGUUCUUAUUAUAUACUUCUGGUUCUACUGGUACUCCAAAGGGAGUUGUCCAUUCUACUGCUGGUUAUUUAUUAGGAGCUGCUCUUUCUACUAAAUAUAUUUUUGAUAUCCAUCCAGAAGAUAUUUUAUUUACUGCUGGUGAUGUUGGUUGGAUUACUGGUCACACUUAUGCCUUGUAUGGACCAUUGUUAUUAGGUGUUCCAACAAUUAUUUUUGAAGGUACUCCAGCUUAUCCCGAUUAUGGAAGAUUCUGGCAUAUUGUUGAAAAACACAAGGCUACUCAUUUCUAUGUUGCUCCAACUGCUUUAAGAUUAUUACGUAAAGCUGGUGAACAAGAAAUUGCUAAAUAUGAUUUGAGUUCAUUAAGAACUUUAGGUUCUGUUGGUGAACCAAUUUCUCCAGAUAUUUGGGAAUGGUAUAAUGAAUUUGUUGGUAAAAAUCAAUGUCAUAUUUCUGAUACUUAUUGGCAAACUGAAUCUGGUUCCCAUUUAAUUGCUCCAUUGGCUGGUGUUGUUCCAAACAAACCAGGGUCGGCCUCUUAUCCAUUCUUUGGUAUUGAUGCUGCAUUGAUUGAUCCAGUUAGUGGGGUUGAAAUUAAAGGUAAUGAUGUUGAAGGGGUUUUGGUUGUCAAAGACCAUUGGCCAUCAAUGGCAAGAACUGUCUACAAAAAUCAUACCAAAUAUAUGGAUACCUACAUGAAUCCAUAUCCAGGAUUUUAUUUCACUGGUGAUGGGGCUGCUAGAGACCAUGAUGGAUAUUAUUGGAUCAGAGGUAGAGUUGAUGAUGUUGUUAAUGUUAGUGGUCAUAGAUUAUCCACUGCUGAAAUUGAAGCAGCUUUAAUUGAAGACAAGAAAGUUAGUGAAGCUGCUGUUGUUGGUAUUCAUGAUGAUAUCACUGGUCAAGCUGUCAUUGCAUAUGUUGCUUUGAAAGAAGGAAAUGAUGAAGAAGAUUCUGAUGAAUUAAGAAAAGAAUUGGUUUUACAAGUUAGAAAAACUAUUGGUCCAUUUGCGGCACCAAAAUCUGUUAUAAUCGUUCAAGAUUUACCAAAAACUAGAUCUGGUAAGAUUAUGAGAAGAAUUUUAAGAAAAGUUAGUUCUAAUGAAGCUGAUCAAUUGGGUGAUAUUACAACUUUAUCUAAUCCACAAUCAGUUGACGGUAUAAUUUCUGCUUUUGGUGCUCAAUUCGGUAAGAAAUAA